AUGCGGUCAGGCUUCCACAAACCUGUUGCCUUCCCUUUUCUUGCUCUUCUUGUUUUCUCAUUGCUCAGCUUGGUGUCCUUGGCAAAAGAGUGGGACUUCUAUAAUCUGCGCUUCGGGUAUAUUGGUUACCAUCAUAACGAUGCUCGGCAGCCUUCCCGUUUUAGAGAUGGCCCAGUCGACGUCCGGUCGAGGAUACGGACGACUGGCAGUCAGUGUAAGUCGUGGACAAUAAACGGUUACUGCCUGCCAGAUCUGGACCGUGUUCAUCGCCCGCGGCGCUCCGUGCCAGACACUCCACGCAGCUCGUUCGAGGCUGCUACUGUCUUUGACACCGAUUCGAUAGCAUACCUUGCCGAAGAACCAUCGACUUUCGCGCGAGGUGUACGCGUUUUCAAGUCGCUUUUCACAACACAGACGGAUGAUAGUCAGAUAUCUGACCCUCUUGCCACGGGGAGCGCCUCUUCUGUGGCCUCAGCACCUAGCUCUCUCCCCUCGAAUGUAUCCAACUUAGCUGUUAUCGGUGCCUCUCCUACCACUGAAGCACACCUUCCUAGGUCGUACAGCAGCAAUGUCACGGCCACGGCGAAAAAAAUUACUUCGCAAACGCCCCAGUAUCCUCUUUCUUAUUUACGUGGAUUAUGGCAGCAGGCCUGUCAUGCUACGAGGGUCUAUCUUGGGAACUGGACUGUUCCGCAUAUUUUUCGAAGAGAACAAAUACCACCCGGUUCUGAAGCGAUCAACGAAGAGACAUUGCAAUUGUCAGGACCAACUGAUCAACACAUUGAAGAACAGGUUACACCCAAGGUGCUCCCAUCGAACAGCAGCAAUGCUGCACUUUCGACCUCGUCACCUACAUCUCCGCAAUCGCCUGCUAAGUCAACCGAUAUCCCUGAUCUACCUGUGGUAACUGAAGAGCGGCCCAAGGGCGUUGGUCAUGGACCGAAUUCACAGCCUGCACGUGGCAGUUGCAUGGCUAUUGUCAUAGGCCUAGUUGUCGGUGUCAUGUGGUUCUGA